UGGUGGUGGUUGGUCGCCCUGCGAGUUAGUCGACGACGUCGCCGUCACUGCAGGUUUCCAUAUUUCCUUGGGGAAACGCUGACGCCCGUUUACUCCGAGAUCGUUUCCCCGUCCUGUUCUCGUUCUUAUCGUCCCUCGCCGGUAAACGCACCAAGGCGGACGACCGGAUCGACUCGGCGGCUGCGGGACGUAUGCGUGCCAAGUUAUGUCGCUGGUGACAGAGAGUCUCAUGGGCUCGCCGUGGGACGAGGUGGCGGAGUACACGAAGGCAGCCCAGGGGACGGGCUGCGAUCCGGCCGUCUGGACCGUCCACGUCUCCUCAACGCUGGCGGCGCACGUCGUGCCCCUUCCAUCGCCGGAGCUCGCCCAGCUGCUGGUUUCCCACCUGUGCUGGGGAAACAAUGUUCCCCUCGCCUGGAAGUACGUCGAGAGGGCCCUUGCCGCCAACAUUGCUCCGCCCAUGCUGCUCCUCGCCCUCCUCUCCGUCAGGAUUAUUCCAAGUCGAUGUUCAAAGCCGGUGGCAUAUAGGCUGUAUUUGGAACUUCUCCAGAGACAUGCGUUUAUCUUCACAUCUCAGAUAAAAGGACCAAGCUUUAAGAAGAUAAUGGCGUCAAUCAAUGAUGUUCUUCAUCUUUCUGAAAAAUUUGGUAUCCAAGCAUCUGAACCAGGGGUUUUGGUAGUUGAAUAUGUUUUUUCCAUUUUAUGGCAGUUACUUGAUGCAACCUUAGAUGAUGAAGGGUUGCAAGAAUUGACACCAGAAAAGAAGGCCAAAUGGAUAUCUAGGCCACAUGACAUGGAGAUAGAUGGAGAAGAUGCAUUUGAUGAGAAAAAGACUGAAUAUAAUGAAAAACUGCAGAAAGCAAAUACUAUAAUGGCGAUUGAACUCAUUUGGCAUUUCCUGAACCAUAAAGUAAUUUCCAAGCUUCUCUCCUUGGCACGUGAAAACAUGCCAUCUCAUUGGGGUUCUUUUGCUCAAAGCUUACACUUGCUCGCGACAAGCUCCUCAGCGUUGCAUAAUUCAACAAUAUCUGUUGAUAAGUUGCAGCAGUUUGUUCAGGAUAUUUGGAAAUUUGGCAGAGAAUGGAAACCUAGUCAUCACCAAGAAAUCUGCACUCUCAUUGCUCAUGGAUCUUUACCAUCUGCUGGUGGCUGUUGUCAUGGAUCUACUAGUGGGGCCCUCUGGAUUCCAGUAGAUCUGUAUCUUGAGGACUGUCUUGAUGCAUCAGUUGCUGCUACUGAUGCAAUCGAAGUUCUUAGUGGAUUAAUCAAGGCUCUUCGAGCACUUAAUGGUAGCACCUGGCAUGAUGCUUUUUUAGCCAUUUGGAUGGCCUCUCUUCGUGUUGUACAAAGGGAAAGGGAUCCUCAUGAGGGUCCUGUACCUCGCCUUGACACACGGUUAUGCAUGUUACUGUCGAUAACGAUACUUUCCAUUGCUAACAUUAUUGAGGAAGAAGAAGCAACUAUUAUUGAUGAGGCUGAACUGAGCAAUCAAUGGAAAGAAAAAACUGCUGGUGGAAAGUGCCGCAAAGAUCUGGUGUCCAGCUUACAGAUACUCGGUGAUUAUGAAAGCUUGCUGGUUCCUCCAUUGUCUGUUACCUCCGUAGCCAAUCAGGCUGCUGCAAAAGCUAUGAUGUUUGUUUCAGGCCUUACAGGUGGUAGUGGGUAUCUGGAGAAUGUAGCCAUGAGUGACAAGACAGUAAAUUGUGCUGGAAAUAUGCGACAUUUGAUUAUUGAGGCUUGUAUUUCACGAAAUUUAUUGGACACAUCAGCCUACUUUUGGCCAGGCUACAUUACUGCACGUAUCAACCAGAUACCUCAUUCAAUGCCUAAUCAAGUGCCUAAUUGGUCUGCAUUGAUGAAGGGUGCACCUCUAACUUCAUCAAUGGUAAAUGCUUUGGUGGCAACUCCUGCUUCAAGCUUAGCAGAGCUUGAGAAGAUAUUUGAAAUUGCAAUCAAUGGAUCAGAUGAUGACAAAAUAUCUGCUGCCACUAUUCUAUGUGGAGCCUCUCUAUUUCGUGGGUGGAAUAUUCAGGAGCAUACCGUUCGCUUUGUUGUGAAACUGCUUUCACCUCCUAUUCCUGUUGAUUAUGCUGAAGGAGAAAGCCAUUUGAUUAGUCAUGGUCCUAUGCUUAAUGUUGUUCUUACUGGAAUAUCACCCGUGGACUGUGUUCAAAUUUUCUCAUUCCAUGGCCUGGUACCGGAACUUGCAGGAGCACUGAUGGCAAUCUGUGAAGUGUUUGGAUCUUGCUUUCCUAGUAUCUCAUGGACCAACACAACAGGGGAAGAGAUAUCUGUCCACACAGUGUUCUCUAAUGCAUUUAUUCUUCUAUUAAGAUUGUGGAAAUUUAACCAUCCGCCACUUGAAUAUUGCAUUUUGGGAGAUGGUGCUCCAGUUGGAUCACAAUUAACUCCUGAAUUCCUUCUCUUGAUUCGUAAUUCUAGAGUUUUAUCGGAUGCAAAAUUAACCAAGAAUAGAAGUAACCAUGGGCGACUGUCAACCAGUACAAGCUCAUCAUCUGUGCAUCCCAUUUUUGUAGAUUCGUUUCCAAAGUUAAAAACCUGGUACCGACAGCAUCAAGCUUGUUUAGCAUCGACACUUUCUGGACUGGUUCAUGGAACUCCAGUGCAUCAAAAUGUGGAUGCUCUUCUCAACAUGAUGUUCAGGAAGUUCACUAAAGGUGGUAGUCAACCAGUGUGUCCUGGAACAUCUGGAAAUAGCAGUUUAAGCAGUUCUUCAGGUCCAGCAAGUGAUGACAACUCAUUCAGACCCAAGCUACCCGCCUGGGACAUUAUGGAAGCAGUUCCAUUUGUAGUUGAUGCUGCUCUUACUGCUUGUUCUCAUGGAAGGUUAUAUCCACGAGAAUUAGCAACAGGCCUCAAAGAUCUUGCUGAUUUUCUUCCUGCAUCUCUGGCUACAAUUGUAAGCUACUUUUCUGCUGAAGUAACACGAGGAGUUUGGAAGCCGGCUUUUAUGAAUGGAACUGAUUGGCCAAGCCCUGCUGCAAAUUUGUCAACUGUCGAAGAAAAUAUCAAAAGGAUUGUUGCCGCAACUGGUGUUGAUGUUCCAAGCCUAGCUGCAGGAGGAAGCUCUCUUGCUACACUUCCAUUACCCUUGGCAGCCUUUGUGAGCCUCACGAUUACAUAUAAACUUGACAAAGCCUCAGAACGAUUCCUUAAUCUUGCUGGUCCAGCUUUGGAGAAUCUUGCAGCAAGUUGUCCUUGGCCAAGCAUGCCAAUUGUUGCAGCCUUGUGGGCCCAAAAGGUGAAGAGAUGGACUGAUUUUCUUGUGUUUUCUGCAUCACGCACUGUCUUCCACCACAACAAUGAUGCAGUUGUUCAGCUUCUCAGAAGUUGUUUCACUGCCACACUUGGUCUGUGCACUCAAAUAUCCAGCAAUGGAGGUGUGGGUGGACUUCUUGGACAUGGAUUUGGUUCUCAUUUUUCUGGAGGCCUCUCCCCUGUUGCUCCAGGAAUUCUAUACCUCCGAGUGUACAGAUGCAUUAAGGACAUUUUUUCACUGACAGAAAAUAUUCUUUCCCUAUUAAUGGAUGCAGUCAAAGAAAUAACAGAAAGUGUCGUCAGCAAGGAGAGGUCCGAUAAGAUGAAGAAAACAAAGUACGGAAUGAAAUAUGGGCAGGUCUCACUUGCUGCCGCCAUGACACAAGUGAAGGUGGCAGCUGCUCUUGGAGCAACAUUUGUGUGGUUAUCAGGGGGAUCAGGCAUUGUCCAGUGUUUAAUACAGGAGAUUCUUCCUUCUUGGUUUCUCUCAGUCCAUGAGUUAGAUCUCGAAGGAGGGAAUGGGGGGAUGGUAUAUACUUUGAGCGGAUAUGCUCUGGCUUACUUUGCUGUCCUCAGCGGAAUGUUUGCCUGGGGCAUCGAUUCAGUAUCUGUUUCCAAGAGACGGCCAAGGGUCAUUGCAUCCCACAUGGACUUCUUGUCAAGCGUCUUGGACGGGAAGAUCUCACUUGGAUGCAAUUGGGUGCUAUGGCGUGCAUAUGUCUCAGGGUUCUUGGGCUUGGUGGUGCAAUGCGCACCGUAUUGGGUGCUUGAGGUGGACUUGCACAUCUUGAAGAAGCUCAGUCGAGGGCUAAAACAGUGGAAGGAGGAUGAGCUUGCACUCGCACUGCUCAAAAGGGGGGGAGUUGAGGCGAUGGGUGCAGCUGCUGAAGUGAUUUUGUCUAAUGAAUGAUGGCCAUGCCCGGAUGUCUUUUUUUUCUUCUUUUUUCUCCCUGAGUAUAUUGUUUGACAGCUUUACUAAAUUUGUAAAGGUCCUUUUGUUCAGCUAAAAAUCGUGUAAAUGUCUGAGGUGUUUGUAGUUUUCGAUCUCUAUUUCUUCAAAAAUUCUCUAGUUAUGUAUAAUAAUCGUAGCUUGUAGCAGUUAAUUUU